CGUUAUUCAAUGAAUGAAAUUGAACAACAUCACCACACAACACAGAAGAAAGAGCCUCUCUCUCUCUCAUCAAUCUCUCUCUCUCUCUUCUUCUUCUUCUUCGAUCCUUCCUUCCAUUUUCCGCGCUGCCAUGGCCAUCGCAACAGAGUCUCCUCAACCUCAACAAUCCUUGGUCGCUUCUAAGGAGGCUUCAGGUUCAGCUGCGGGGCAAAGAAGGUGGACCCUCAAUGAUUUUGAUAUCGGAAAACCCCUUGGAAGGGGUAAAUUCGGCCAUGUCUAUUUGGCCAGAGAAAAAAGGAGUAAUACAGUUGUCGCUCUGAAAGUACUCUUUAAGAGCCAAUUGCAACAAUCCCAAGUGGAGCACCAGCUUCGCCGAGAAGUUGAGAUACAAUGUCACCUCCGACAUCCCCAUAUCUUGCGCCUUUAUGGAUACUUUUAUGAUCAGAAACGAGUUUAUUUGACUUUAGAGUAUGCUCCCAAAGGAGAGCUUUACAAGGAACUGCAGAAAUGCAAAUAUUUCAGUGAAAGACGUGCAGCUACUUAUGUUGCAUCAUUGACCCGGGCCCUUAUAUAUUGCCAUGGAAAGCAUGUAAUUCAUAGGGACAUCAAACCAGAGAACCUUCUUAUUGGUGCACAGGGUGAGGUGAAGAUAGCAGACUUUGGGUGGUCAGUUCACACAUUCAGUCGCAGGCAGACCAUGUGUGGCACAUUGGAUUACCUACCUCCGGAGAUGGUGGAGAGUGUAGAACAUGACGCGAGUGUGGAUAUAUGGAGCCUUGGUGUCCUUUGCUAUGAGUUUCUUUAUGGAGUCCCCCCAUUUGAGGCUAAAGAACAUUCUGAUACUUACAGGAGGAUAGUACAAGUGGAUCUCAAGUUCCCUCCUAAACCAAUUGUGUCUUCCGCUGCAAAGGACCUCAUCAGUCAGAUGCUGGUGAAGGAUUCCUGUCAACGUCUACCAUUGCACAAGCUACUUGAGCAUCCUUGGAUUGUUCAGAAUGCGGAGCCCUCGGGUGUAUAUAGGGGCUAGUGUGCCUUGUCAAUUUUCUGUGUUUUCUUAAUCAUGGAAAUCACCAGAAUAGCAGCAGCUUCUUCGAAGUAAUUGACCAAAUUUGGUUGAGAUGAUGCAAAUUAUUUGAAGAUUUAUGAGAACAUAAAAGCAUUUGCUGACAUAGGCUGUGAGUGUAUGGCAAAGGCUAUAUAAGACAUAAAUGCACUUGUUAUUCGAUUGUAGAAACGAAAUAACUGCGAUGGGUCUGCCUGCAAGUUUUUAUAUAUAAUGUACUUACAGAGAAGUUCUUUUUUA